AUGAACAGCGAGAGUUUAGAGCAUCUGGAGAAAAUGGGUGGAAACUUUCCCUUUCAAUGUCUAAAUGAAAGGACAGCUUUCAAGACCAGAGAUAUCCUCAAGAUCCAACUGUCCCAGCAAGAGAAUGCCAAGGUAGCCAUCAAGCAGAUCCUCCAAGAGCUCUUCCAUAUCUUUAAUGACAAUCUUACCCAAGCAGCCUGGAAUGGGACUUUCAUAAAGGAAUUCCAAAAUGGUCGUCACCAGCAGAUUGAGAACGUGGUGAUGUGUUUUAGUGCUGAGAAGGGAAAGGAGAUAACCUACUCAGGAAAUGAGAACCUCCUGCUCACCAGCCUGAAACUGAAAAGAUACUUCCAGACGAUAGACGAUUUCCUGAAAGAAAAGCAAUACAGCCGGUGUGCAAAAGCAUCUGACUCCAUGGCACCUCAUCUCACCCGACACACUUCUAUAUGGCAUAGGUAA